GGCUCCGCCCAUUGACGAUUGAAAAAUGACAAGCUCGCGCUCGCUUGCUAGCUUAUCGAAGACGCAGUGAACCAGAAGCCUUGUCAGCAGUCGUUAAGCUCACCCUCGCUCUAACACUUCACACUCGGACGACGAGCGCCAACUUUCACACCACCCCGUUGCUUUCACUUGCUUCUCUUCUUGUCGCGCGUGUGCCAAUCGCGAGGAAAGUGCGCGAAGUUUCAUUCACAAGCGUCGUCGCAUCUUUGCUUGAACUACUUGCGCUGACAAGUUGAGAGAGACCGUCGCUGAACAACGGACUCUUCGUAUUGUGCCGGUGACGUUUGGUGGUAGUGCUGACGCAACGAGACAGCACUGCAAUGCUCCCCUGAACAAGGAACUCAGUCACCUCAGGUAGUGCGUGAUUCAGAGGUAGUGUUUUAUAAGUUUCGACGGCCGUGCGACAAAAUAAUGAAACGAGUUCGAGCCACGCUGCGUCUACUGCCCGAUUCCGCCUCCAGCGGCAGCGGGGACAGCAAUGGCCUACGGGUCAGGAUCAGCCGAAGCGUCGCCGAAAAGCUGUCGAUUGGCGAGAGCGCCACCGACAAUACUCUGGCCCUAGUCGCCCCCGAAAACGUCUCGCUCACGUGUCCGGGCCUUUUCGUUGACUACGUGGUUGUAGGCGAUCGCGAAGUGCCGGGUUCGACGUCAUCCGCUAAUACCGUCGCGCUCUUCGUCACUCGGGACUUCCUGAAUCGCCGUCGAGGAUGGGAAGACGGGCAAGCGGUCGACGUUCUGUGCGGAGUGCGGUGUCCGCGCCUCACCAAGGUGUCCUUGCUGGCCAGGAGCGCAGACGCUUACACAAAGCUGAACGGCGCAGACCUGUGGGAGGCCCUGGGAGGGGGUGUCGGCGGUAGCGAAGGCGUACUCUGUCGCAUGGACGACAGCCUGGCCGCUUUCGGUGGUGACACGGUGCUCGUGGUGGACUGUGAGCCGACGCGCCAGGGACUCAUCGUUGCCGAGACGGAGGUGGUGGUGAUACGACCAUCACUGGAAUACACGCCUGCUGGUGACGGCGCUCCGUGCGACGACAUUGUGAGGCUGGCAGGCACCAUUCUCUACACCAGCCGCAUUUUACAGUCAACCCACCGAACCAAGCGGGACAGGUCCGUGGCAGCAGGCAUUGCCGCAUCCGCACGGAGGCGUACCCCGGGGUUUCUACGUGUCCACAUCCUUCCCCAGCUACCCGAACACGAAAUACCAACGACGGCCGACCCACUCAACUGCGUCUUCCUCAGUCAGUCAACUAUGGCUGCCCUGGGCUUGUCCGAGGGUUCCUGGGCUCAAGCAUGGCUACAAGAGCAGGGAGGCCGCAGCACCACAUCAUCGGAGCCACAACUCAAACGUGCGGUGGCAAUAUGGAGCAUGGAGAGGCUGCACAUGAUGGAGAGUGAGCUGGCAAGUGGCGUCACUCAGGACGACGCGGCGUACCUGAGCCCCCACCUCUGGUUUCACCUGCACGACCGGGACAGGCCCGCACUACUGGUCCGGCCUACAGCACGUCUGCACCUGGAGCCGUUGGCAGGUUCCAGCAAAGGCAGUCUACCAGCAUCGGCUCAAGAAUUUCACCUGGCCAUCGUGCGAAGUCCUCUUUACAGUCACACUAUUGAAUGCACAGAACUACUCAAGGAGCACUUCUCAAGGCCCCGGUACAUCUGCAGUGGGGAUAUUAUCACCAUCAACCUCCAUGGUUUGCCCUGCUCUGAGGAAUACCUCCCAGAUGGUUCAUCGCAGAGGCACCACGUUGUCUUCUUCAAAGCCACCCAGCUGGUUGGCCCUGACAACAAUGUGCCCGGUUAUUUCUGCGACACCAACACCAGGCUUUAUCAGGCGGGCACCAAGGGCUGCUACGUUCCCGCAGCCAUGGCGGCCUACCACCGCCCUUGGGCCCCCCACCCCAUCUGGGAUGCACCCCAGCCCCCGCAUCUGGCACCCAUAGUCGAGCGGCUGCAGUCUAUCCUGCUGCCUUUCCUGCAGUCUGGGCCCCUGCGUGAGCGUGUGCCGCCUUGUGUGCUCCUGAGUGGGUCCCACGGGUGUGGCAAGCACACUACCCUGACUGCACUGACACGUUCCCUAGGGUUGCAUCACUACCAGGUCAGUGCAGCCAUGAUGUACAGUACGGUCCACUGUUAA